GGGGGCCGACCAGGAACAGUAGCGAGGGGCGGAGUAAACGAGAGUGAAAACAAACUGCUACUUGUUUUCAGGGACCCGGGUUGGAGUGCGUGUUGUGUGAGGUUAAUGUCAUUUGACUUCUCGGUCCCUUUUAACUUUUUGGAAAGCUUCGGAGAGAAACUGCAGUGACUUCAACUAUGGAAUCUUCUCAGACAAUCGGCAGUUUUUUCAACACCCUGGCUGAGAUGGGGUUUACAGAUGUGCAGAUCCAGGAAGCCUUACAGGCUGGGCACUUUACUGUACCUGAAGCUACUGACUGGAUGCUUCAUGCUGCAGAUCGCAGAUAUAGACUUGAAAGACUAACGCAGCCAGAACAAAGCAAAGCAAUCUCUGCAUUCAAUCCCCCUGUAAACGUUGAAGAUAAUCAUAACACUUUCAAUAAGGAAGCUGAAAAAGGCUCCAAUCAGCCAUCCUCCUUUAUAAAUGUUCCUAUGGCUUCCAGAAGCAGACUGAGUAAAACAGGUUUUGAUGAACAGCAAAGAGAGCGUGCUGCUCAGGAUGCACUGAAUGAGAAGAAAAUUAAGCAGAAGCAACGAGAACUUGCCUUGAAAAGAAUUGCUGAUGAUCGUAAGAUGUUAGAAGAGAAAUUAAAACCUGCCAUCGAGCCUACUGAUAAAGCCAGUAAGCUAGGAGGAAGAAUUCAGACAGCCAUGGAGAACGUUUGUAUCCUGAAUAUUCGUCUGCCAUCUGGGACAUCCAUGCGGGAGCGUUUUCCAGCUGAUGCUCCACUGAAGUGUGUUAUAGAGCACAUCUCUGCGUGUCACCCAUCCCUUUCCAAGUUUUCUUUGAUUCAGGGUUUUCCUAGGAAACACUUUGGUGAAGCAGAACUUUCCUGUUCCUUGCGGACCUUGGGACUUACACCAAAUGCAGCACUUUGUGUACAAAGUAUUUCUAUUAAUCCUUCUAUAGAAAACAUUUGUCGUGAUGAUCUCCCUAAAGGUGCUUAUAGCCUUUCUCAAGAAAUGACACAAGCCAGUAUACCAGAAGAUGAUAAAAAAGAAACUGUUCCUCAGUCUUCUGUUAACAGCUACGGUUGGGGCAGAGGAGAAACCUUGGGAGAUGCACGACCAGUAUUGGAACAUAACCCACAGGAGCAAGAAAAUAUGCCCCCACUGCCACCAUCUGCAUUACCCGUUUCUUUAUGGAAUGAGGCCAUUGCUAAUGCUGGAUUAGAAGGAAAUUUUCAGCAAUUACCUUUGCAGCCCUAUCACUGGGGUAGAGGUCAGAGACUAGCUGCAGGUGAUGAUAAUUCAAGCUCCAGUGAAGGGCAUCAAUCGGGAGAGGAAAGUGGUGAUGAAGAUAACCUACUCUUUGCAGGUUUACCUCAGUUGCCAUUAAUCCCAAGAAAUCGUCAGCCAGAUUUAAAUGAUCUUCCAUACCAAUGGCCAGAUCAUGGGAACAGACUCAGGGGUGAUGAUGAAAUUGUAGUGGAGAAUGAAGCACAUCCUUCUCAGGGGGCAGAUUUGCAAGAUGUUUUGGCACGUGCAGCUUUGGAGCGUUUACAUCAAGUACCUCAACUCGGUGAAGCACAUAGCUGUGAGCUUCCUUCACCCCCUAAGAGAUCUUUCAAGGCUCCUAGUUUGCCUUCACUCAGUAAACUGGCCAUAAAGGCCACUGUGUGUCUAAUGACAGCUCCAAGCAUGCAGUAUAAUAGCAGCCUGGCAAGGCUCACUCCUGAACUGGCAGAACAUCUUCUGACCUAUUUAGCGCGAGAACGUCUUCUCCGCCCACGCACUCUUGAAUACUUUUUUGGUUGUCAGAUACAGAAGUUUGUCCUCAAUUGCUACCCAUAUUCUACCAAUGAACUACUUCGGCAGUUGCGUGCCUUUCAGACCCUGAAGCAUCUAAGUCUAGUCUCCUCACCUCUGCUUACAGAUUCAGGCAUGUCAUUCUUGCCCAGCCUUCAGAAGCUGCAGCAUCUCAACUUAUCAGCUUGCUGCAAGCUGACUGAUAAUUGUCUACAGUAUAUCAAAGGGCUAAGAUUUCUUUCCUACCUUUCCUUGGACAAGACCAAAGUAAGUGAUUGUGGGCUUGUGGUUUAUCUGGAAACGGCUCCUGCAUCACUUACGCAGCUUAGUCUGAAUUGCACAAAUAUCACAGAAAAGACUUUGGCAGUGCUUCAAUGCAGUGUUCCUCAGCUCAAAUUGCUAAGCAUCAAGCAUACUAAGAUUUUUGAUAUUUCUGCUCUGAAGGGAAUGCUUUGUCUGCACACUCUGCACAUUGAUCACACUUGUGUGUCUGAAACAACCCUUUUGCAUUUGGCAGCUCACCCAUCAUUGUCAGUACUUGGUCUUGCAGGAAUACCAGUUAACAAUGGUAAUCAUGUUCUUGAAAUUGUCUCAGGUCUAAAAUUGAGUCAUCUGACAUUAACUGGGCGCCACACGGUAACAGACAGUGGCCUGGAGUUCCUUGCCCGAUUAACCUUUUUGUCAGAGGUGGAUCUUACAGACUACACUGAGGUGACUGACCAGGGGGUUCAGUACCUCGCAACUCUGAGUAGAUUGAAGAAGCUGUCUCUUAGUAACACAAUGGUAACAGAUGCUGGCUUGUCCUACCUCGCAAGGCUUCUUGAGCUUGUAGAGCUCUGUCUGGAUCGUACUGCAGUGACCAGCAAAGGGGUUGCUCGAUGUGUAAUGAGAUUGCCUCACCUUCAAGUUCUUGGACUCGCUAACACACAAGUGGGUGAUAAUUUAUUGAAGCUGGGACUGAUUCACUGCCAGCAGUUAGUGAAGAUCAAUUUGAGCCACACUCGCAUCACUGACAAAGGACUAAAGUACCUCCGAUUGGUAAAGCUAACCCAGGUGAAUUUGGAUAAUACAGGCAUUACUCCAGCCGGAUUGUCCAAUCUGAUUUCUUCUUGUCCUGAUAUCACUAAUAUCCGAGCGAAGAACCUGCAAGUUUUACCACAAGACCAGAUCUCUGAUGAUGAAGCAUCUCUUUGAGACAGGGUUGAUAAGGAUUGGGUUUCUUUCUUGGACGGUCUGAUUUUGGUGACUUGGGUCCAUUUCUUGCCGGUCUCAAAUACCAUUUGGCAGAAUUUGCCAAUGCAGCAUGUGUACCAGUUAGUGAAUGGUCCAACCAGGCUCAAUCUCAAGUUACUGCUCAAUUCAUAGCAUUGAAUCAAGGUACUGGCUUCCACCCGGCUCUUGAUUCUCCAACUUGUGCAGUAUUAAAACAUUAAAUUGCAAGUAACUGAAGUUACUGCCCAGAAUGAAAAAUUAAAUGCUUGCGGCCUACACUGACUAUUACUCAGAGUUUCAUCUGCAGGUAUUUAAUACGUCUAAUUGCAAUGUUAGCGUAGAUUACACUGCAGAUCUCCUAGCACCCUGUUUUAUUUUCCUGAUGCCCAGAACGGGAUGCUGAGCAAGCUGGCCAGUUUUUUAAAAUGACUGCAUUUCAGCAGCCACAGUGAACCCCUUCAGUUUUAUGUGGUGUGAAAAAAGCCAGUUGUAAUGCAACAUACAAUCAAAUUCAUUCUAAAUUGAAAGAUUGUAUUUGUUCUUUGCUAUUUCACUGCUUAUGUGACAUACACAAUUUUUAUUUGGCUGCUGCUGUCUUUAGUCAUUUUUAAUAUUAGCAUUGCUGAAAAAUGCUUACAUCUGGGCCUGGUGCUCACCUUUCAGGUUGGUCUGCAGUGGAGUUACUUGCUGGUCCUGCUAGAAGGGGGAAGCUGCUUUCCAAGUUCUGUAUUAAGUCUGCUCAGCAUGCUCAAGCUUUGCAUGUCACAUAACAUGUCACUAUGAAUAUCUCUUUAGCCUUUUUAAUCUGUCAUCUACUCUUAUUGAUUUUUUUUUGUUGUUUGCUAAGCCUGUUAUUUGUCUGUGCUGUAAUUUAGGCAACACGUUAGUGUGCAGAAACAGUUUGUAUACUGCGUGCGUCCAGGACACAGCAUCGGCAGUAAUGGCUGAGAGCCACGGAUAUUUAAAGUCAAAGUCUGAAUGCUAAUAAAGGUCUUGGAGAGAAUUCAUAUUCUGAUUUAGAGGGUUUGUCCUUUAGAGACCUGUUAACACAAUUUAAGCCUCUCUAAAUUUUUGAGCACGUCUGCCACCUAUAAAAUUAAUAACAUCCUGUGAGUAGUUUAAAUCCGUAAAUUGAUCAAAGUUAACACUCUUCAUUUAUCACCUUGUCUUCCCAAACCUGAAUAUUACUCAUCUGCUUGGACUUUAACUGCUGAAACCUCUGCUACUGACCUCUGUGGGAGUCCACUUGUGACGUCUAAUGCUUACUUCAGCAUUGCACAGUCUGACUGACUGAAUCCCUGCCUCUUGUUUGAUGGCCAGCAUGUUCAAAUCUUCUGAUAAAUAAUGUUAUGGAUGCCACACUUGUAAGCAAGGCACACCUAAAAGUCUUCCAAUGAAUUUAAUUUUUAUUUUGAGACUGAGAGUAUUUCUCUUUUGCAUGCGUUUUCUGAACUAAAGACAUCAGUUUGUUUUUUUUUGUUUUUUUGACUUCAUCCUUUUUAACCAAGUGAGUUGAAAAUAAGGACAUGGAAAUCAACUCCUUCUGUUGGUAACAAAGCAGCUAACAAAUAUUUUAACUUGCGUGUUCUCUUAAUUACAUCUUCUAAUGAAAAUAAUAGUAUAUCAAUAAAUAUAUUAUCUUGCAAGGAAAACCUGCAAGAAUCGAGUUUUUAUGUUUCUUUUAUGGUUGGUCAGACUUCUCAGUUAGAGAGAGGCUAGAAAUUCACAAGGUGCUACCAAGACAGCUGUGUUCUGGCUGCAGUCGUCCAUCACUAUCAUAAUCCACCUUCAUAGAAAGAGAGAGAGAGAGACGGGUUUUUAUAUUAUAAUAAUAAUAAUAAUCCUAAAAGGUAAAGCACUUUAAAUUCAAUUACUUUCCUUACUAGCUGUUGCUGUUUCUCUUUGAAAUCAUCACUCGCUGCGUUGGUGGCUCAUUCAUACUGCACAGUGCAUUUUCAGUGCUUGCAUGCUGCUUUGUGACAAGUCACUUUCUUAAAAGUUCAAUCAGUCAAUUCUGCAAACUGCACGAGACCCAUCGGCACAUUGAAGAGGCAUCUGAUGCCUUCCGCUUGCUGCCCCAUUACCCAAUUCCAACCCAGAGGACAUCAUCCACUUUCAUAAACAUGCCGUCUCUUCACUGACGACUUUACUUGCAGUGCUGUGUCGGCCGACAGUGAUGCUUAAGGCUGUGCCCAUCAUCAGCGUUGUUCUGCAUGUCCUGGAACACAUUUUCCCAUAAUGUGUCAUUGAAGUGAUGUUAGUGCAGCACCAUUCUCCACUGCACACUCUUUCUUUCGCUGUAUAUUUAAUAUUGUCUUAACAUUUAUGAAAAUUCUCUCCAAAGUUGCCUUUUUCUGCCCCAGGAAAAUUGCUGUAAGCCACCAUUUUAUCACAAAGCGUAACUGAAUAAUAUGUAAUACAGCUUCACUUUUAGGAAGCUCAUCGGUGCACUGGAUGAUCAUCAACUUCCACCAGUGAGUUGUCUCAUUUCUAGGUAAAAAUUUUGGCCUAAAUAUAAAAUAAUAAAUAAUUCUGGGAACCUAGGCCAAUCACAUUCACCUGGGCAGGCAGGGUAUGCAGUUACCUUGGGUUGUGCAUUUUGGUUGUUUAAGAGCGAAUGUGUUUUGAACGUGUGAUAACAUUUCUGAAAUUGCAAAGAAGGAAUAAAAGUUUUUUUUAAGAGAAAUUUAGAAAAUAUGUACUUGAAGCAGUACGAUGUUUUCACCAGAUUUUUUGCAUAUAAUCUUCUGUAAUGUGGCCAGAGCAGAUCACAAGUGUAUGGCGCGUGGUAGACACACUGCUGUGCAGCAGACAGUAGGUGUAACAGGUGCCAUUUAUUGCAUUGGGCGUCCUGUCAUAUAUUUUCUAAGAUUUGAGUUAUGGCUGCCGAUGAACAGUUACUCGUGUGGCCGCGAGCUGCACAGCUCUUUUGGAAGUUGUCUGCAACGUUCUAAUUCUGAGGUAAUCCAGAUUCUGAGACUUUAGCAGUAAAAAUGCUUAUAAUAAUGGAAAUAACUAUGGGAGGCACUUGCUGCUUUAUUUGCUGCUAUCAUAUCAUCAAAAAAAAGCGCGAUUCCAAAAUAACAAGUUGAUUUAAUUAAAAAGAACGGCUUAAGAUGGCUGGUGUAGAGAAAUGAGUGCAGUUAGAAAGUCAAGAAAAGCGUAGCCUAUAAAGAGCCAUUAACUGUGUCACAAACACAGGCAUCUUAAGCUGAAAAAAUAUCUUUACAGGUAAAGAAAUAUACUGUAAUCCAUAAGAAAUUGCUUUGUUUUAUAUGAUUAUAUCAAUUAACAAAUAUAGCAAAUGUAAUGUUUAUGUAUUCAGAGGGAGGUAAAGAUUUCAGUCUUGGCUCAAAAGAGGACCUGAAAAGGUGAUUUCUAGCGCAAUAAGCAGGCCCUGCAGUUUGGCAGUUUCACUUGUUAACUUUAAUGUUAGGUGGAAGGUCAAAACACAAACUGGAAAUCAGAAGGAAAGUUUGAGCAAAGGGCAGGUGGUUUGCAAACAUGAAGCAAGUAACUCAUGUAAAUAAAAAAGAAUGAUUUAUAUUUUGCAACUUUAUAUGCACAUAUCAAAUGAUACUUUGUAAUUAACUCUGCAUUCUUGUAAUCUACAAUAAAUGAUUUAAACCUCUUGA